ACUGUGCAGUAACCAUAAACUCGAAGGAUUUCGUGUCGAAUAUUUGCCAGGGAAGAGGAUACGGGGAAUCUCAGUUACCAUUGGUGGCUGUUGCUGUUGCCAUGGCCCGUUGGGAGCCCUUUUCUGUGCCCUGUUUAAGCCAGUCUAAAUACCCAAGAACAAUCCUGUACCAUCCAGCACCAGAGCUGCAAAGUGGAAACAGUUGGGCUGCCAAUGAGUGCUGGUACUAGUGGGAGUUAGCUUUCCCUGGCUCAUGUUACGAGAGUUUCGAUACUUCGUGGAAGAAGGGAAGUAUCAGAUUCCGUGCUUUGUUCUGCGAAUUAACGUGGUGAAAGUCCCUGCUGGACAAGUAAGGAGAUGUAAGGGCAUGGAAGUCCUGGUAUGGAACUCAUCUUCUCUCCACCUCAUUCAAAGAAGACAGAAACUGUCGAGAUUGGCCAGGCUGAAUAUGCUGAUCGUGACAGGCUGCCAUGAGAUUUCGAUGCUGGCAACAUCCCUGCUGAACGUGGAGAAUAGCUCAGCAAGAAAGGAGCUUAGAAGCUCGGGUAAAUGGCUCGAAACAGACAAAAUUACCACAUCAAAACCUCUGGAUGGGUAAGAAAAGCAAACCAUUUCCACUCCUAUUAUGAGCCCCAGCCUGUCUUGCCGUUUCCUGGCACUCCGGAACUGCGCUUGGCUUUGGUACGAAUAAAUGUGCCUCCAAGAGAGAGAAAAUACACGUACCUAGAUGCCGGUACCCCUGCCCUAGCUCCGUACGGAGUACAUCGCCUGAAAAUUACCAGCCAUACAAAUCUGCUUGGAUGUUUUCGUUACGAAGCGGAAAGAUCUGGGCAUGACUUUCGCUCCAUCCAUACUCAGGCGUAAUUUAUGGAGAGCAUUAUUGCUUGAGCGACCGAGUUCCACGUAAUCGAGUCGGUUGGGGUGAAACAUGAAAUCGUAGAAUACAUUUAACAACCUUCUUGAAAUACCAUCAGCAACGCUCGCCCAUGAGGGAACUAUGCAUAGUCUUCAGGGCACUAUGCGCAGAUUAUGGUGUAUCAUGGGCCCACAACUUCCUCAAAAUACACACAGACAAAAAUGUCCAUAAGGGUAAAGGAUAUAAAGUGUGCUGGAGAAGGAGUGGCACUCCUCACUUAUUAGCCUUGUUCAUACUCCUUCAUUGUUUGCGGGGAGGGUUACAAACUUCUCGAGAAGAUCUUGCUUGGGGGAUCUUCAUGUACUUGAGAUAUCUCCCCUAGCCCUCAAUAAUGCAAGAUCCGCGCUAUCCAUUAUGGUCAAUAUAACCAUGCUCCACCAGCCUUAUUUUUUAGGGCCGACAGUUUUGUUUUGUUUAUCCCAAA